AUUCAGUCACCACCUCACCGCCUGGGUCGACCUUCUGUCUGCAUUGACUCUUGCAAAUGACAUCAAGUUUCUGCAAGAUAUAUCUACCUAGGUACCUAGGUACUUGGGUACUUGGGUUCUGCAGUGAUGCCAAUCUGGCAAUCAUAACGAAUGCCAAGCCAAGCCCUGCGCCCAUCUCGCCUUCGAUUUGAGCAGUCGCGAUAGCACAACUGCACCCAGCUGCGGGUGUGGCUUGGUCUUCACAUGCCUGGACUUCCACGUCUGACUAGCUGGUACUCCGUCCGUAUCGAGGAGAGGCGGCUGCAAAAUUUCAUGACCACCCACCCCUGCACAGAUGACGCGCGGGGCUGAAUCUAUGGCUAUGGACCACCCAUUACGGGUGUCCGGGUGCCUUGACAGAUGAUAUUCUCUCCUCACUAAUAAGUACUAGGUACCCUACACACUGUCGCAUAUCACCGUCACGCGCCUUCUCCCGCCGCCGCCCUCGUGCCAUCCCGACGUCCCUUCUCACCAUCUGUCUGUCCUCCACUGACCCGCGAUAGGCCGACCCCGGGAAAUGAGUGGUCCUCAUCCCCUUACGGAGAACUUCCAGGGUAGUCAGGGGCUUCAUCAUCUUUUUUUUCCUUUCUUGCUCGUGCGCAACUAGACCAACGCCUUAGAACUGCAGACUCCGGUUCCUGGACUAGAGAAUAAUAGUCUUUGUUUAUCUCUUCCAUGACGUCUUUCCCGUCUUCUAGAAUUAUACCUGCUCUCACCGUUCUGCCUCCUCUGCCUGGCUCUAUAUUCAUCGUAGCCUCGACCGACGGCGAUGACAGGCGACGACACACCCGGCCCGAGCUCCACGCCGCUGGCCCACCCCGCAGUCGAGUUUGCAAAGCAAUCACAGAAACUAUCGCACAAGAAUCCAGACGAGGAUAACUCGGAAAAUGUCGCCGCCCAGGCCCUCUUCGUCACGCCAAGGGACCCCGUCAUCGCCACGGCCCAAGGACACAGGCUGCCAGGUGUGCCUCUGGAAGAGGCGCAAAAAUUGAACACGCUGAGGGAGGAGCUCGAACAGGACCGGCCUGCAGCCUCUCGACACUCGAGGAAUGGAAGCGCCCACCAUGAUCUUGACGUCGAGGCUCAGACCUCCCAUAACCCCGGCGAACCGCACAAGGCCUUCACCGCGCCCCCGGUGCCCAAUGGCAAGUCGUUGCAAAAGACGUCCGAAGGCUCCUUGCGGCGGGCCAUGCCGCCCUCCCACACGAACCCUCUGUUCCCCCCGCUGCCACUGUACGGCCCCUCCUCGAUCCUGCGGGACAUCCAUUGUGCGGCUUUCAGAGUGUCUUCCUUCUUCCUAAGCCUGUCAUUCCUAGGCGUCGUAGUUCUCGGGUCCCUCUUCACGAGCAUCCCGCUGGUGGCAAGGCGCAUCUGGUAUAGACUCACGUUUCGAAAUCCGGAUAAAGGUCGUCCGUUCUACGAGGAGGAAGUCAGCCGACGGGACGCAAGAAGGGAGGAGGAGCGGAAGUGGAAGCAUCGCACCUCUGAGGAACGACGUCUGACCGACAAUGAUAGCGUGGUCAGCUACAAUGGUUAUAUUCCCACAGAAGGUGGCCCGGACCCCAUUAAGUGCGACGUGGGCUAUUACGCGCGGCGGGUUGGCCUCGAUGUUGAAGAGUUCGAAGUCCAGACCGAGGACGGGUUCAUCAUCGACCUGUGGCAUGUUUACGACCCUCGCGAAUACGUCGAGCUUGACGCCAAGGAGCGACUACCUCAUGGCCCCGACCCCUUCACGGGCGGCAAGCGGCGGGGCAGGGAGUUGAAAGACCCCGAGGCGCGACGGAAAUACCCAGUACUGCUCAUGCACGGCUUGCUGCAGUCAGCCGGGGCGUACUGCGUAAACGAUGACCAGUCCCUCGCCUUCUGGCUGUGCAAGUCAGGAUACGACGUCUGGCUCGGCAACAAUCGCUGCGGAUUCAAGCCCAAGCACGUACUGCUGGAGUAUUCCGACCCGCGCAUGUGGUGCUGGAACAUCAGGCAGAUGGGCGUUUUUGACCUGCCCGCGCUGACCUCUCGUGUCCUAUACGAGACGGGAUUCUCAAAGAUUGGCCUGGUAGCCCACUCCCAGGGCACGACCGAGACAUUAGUUGCCUUGGCCAAGGAACAGAGACCCGAGCUCGGGGAGAAGCUUUCUGUGUUCUGUGCCCUGGCACCGGCCGCCUACGCCGGGCCACUGAUUGGAAAGAUGUAUUUCAAAUUCAUGCGGGUCAUCACCCCAGCCAUGUUCAGGAUGAUGUUUGGCAUCCAUGCCUUUAUACCCAUCAUGAUGACCGCGCAUAAGUUCUUACCCGCGAGGCUCUACGGUUGGAUGGGCUACAAGGUCUUCUCUUUCCUGUUCGACUGGUCGGAUACAAGGUGGGACCGGGGGCUCAGGAACAGAUUCUUCCAGUUCGCCCCCGUCUAUGUCAGUGCCGAGUCGAUGAGGUGGUGGCUGGGACGCGAGUGUUUCGCAAAGCACAAAUGCAUCCUCUCCACCAAGGAAGAAUGGCGUGCCGAGGAGCGCGAGGACGAGGAUGAGUCCCAGAACCCCGUCGCAGCCGUGCCUCCCGAGGUGCACGCAAGCGAGCCGCGCUCGCCUACACGAACACGCCAUCAGAACCACCACAACCACCACAACCACCACCACCGGCGGCCAAAGGGAUCUUCGGCAUGGUAUAACUCGCAAAGCCCGCCGAUGGCGUUCUGGGUGUGCGGCCGCGACGACCUGGUGGACGGGGAGAAGCUCCUGCGCCGGUUUGAACGUGGGCGCGAGCCGCAUGCGCGCGUGGUCUUCAGCAAAGUGAUCCCCGAGUACGAGCACCUGGACGUGAUAUGGGCGAUGGACGCGGAGCGCGAGGUGUUCCAGGAGCUGAGGGAGACGCUCUGGCGGACGUGUCCCCCGGACGAGAGGGCCAGGUGCCGGGUGCCCAAGGGCUGUGAAGAUGUCGGGCAGUGGGUGGACGACCGCGCGACAGGCGAUGGGGCUGGCAACAACCAAGGGCCGGCCGCCGACGAGGGCGACACGUCGGGCGAGAGCCCCAGCAGCAGCGAGGAGUUGUCUGCAUAGUGUGAUGAGUUUACGAGCGACGCUGUCAUGGGCCAUGGGAACCUGCAUAUAUACAGCCCCUUUGGAUAUUUUGAGCUGCUUAGAUAUCAUGUACUUAUGGGGCAUAGCGACAUCGAGACUAGCCUGGCGUCCUGGCUAGCUGUUUAUCAUGGGCGUGCAUGCAACGCCAGGAUGGGCGGCCUGCAAACACAAAGACCUCACAGAUUAACUUAAUACACUUGACUUGUUCCUGCA